CACCACACAUUCUUAAGACUACAAAACCAAAGCCAAAGUAACACAAAGUUUUCAAAAGAAUCUAAACAAAGAGUUUUCAAGAGAACAACACAACAUAAACCUUUGUGUUAGAGCAUAACUUGGUCUAAGGUAAUGGCUAUGGCGACUUCUUCGAUCCCAACAUCCGGGUUCACAAACCCUGGUCUUGGAUCUUCGUUCGCCUCCGGUGAGAACUACAACAUGUUAAUGAAAUCGGUCUCGGUUCAAGCUCGGGUCCCAAAUCGGCCAACACGAGCUCAACCAAUGAUGAAGAAUGUUAAUGAAGGGAAAGGUAUAUUUGCUCCUCUUGUGGUUGUGACUAGGAACAUAGUUGGCAAAAAGAGGUUCAAUCAACUUAGAGGCAAAGCCAUUGCUCUUCAUUCACAGGUGAUCACAGAGUUUUGUAAGUCUAUAGGAGCAGAUUCCAAGCAAAGACAAGGAUUAAUUCGAUUGGCAAAGAAGAAUGGAGAAAAAUUGGGAUUUCUUGCAUGAUUCAAGAUUGUGACAAACUUUAAUGAAAAUUUGUUUAUCAAAACUUAGAUUCUCUCAUGUGAGUAUGCUAAGACCUGUGUGUAAAACCUUAUACAUUUCAUGGUAUAGAUGUUAUUUUGUAGAUUACCAUUACCAUAGUUUGUUUUUCUACUGCAAUUGCGAAUUGUCAGUAAGCAAAAAAUAACCCACAUUAGGCAUAGGAAUUAUAAGUUCGUUUUGUUAUUAUGUCAAAAUGAUCUAAUUUUGGAGAUAAUAUAGCAAUUUAUACAAGUAUUAUUAUCGUUUUUCGUUA